AUGGUGGCCACCUCAGCUACAUCCUCAUUCUUCCCUCUCCCAUCUUCCCCCCUCGACCCCACCGCAAAAACCAACAAAGUCACCACCUCCACCAACUUCUCCGGCCUCACCCCCACGCCGAACUCCGCCAGGAUGAAGGUUAAACCAAACGCUCAGGCCCCACCCAAGAUCAACGGCAAGAGAGUCGGCCUCCCUGGCUCGGUGGAGAUCUUGAAGCCUGAUAGCGAGACUUCGCAACCAGCACCGAGGACGUUCAUCAACCAGCUGCCUGACUGGAGCAUGCUCCUCGCCGCCAUCACGACCGUCUUCUUGGCGGCUGAGAAGCAGUGGAUGAUGCUCGACUGGAAACCGAGGCGUUCUGACGUGAUUAUGGAUCCGUUUGGGUUAGGGAGGAUCGUUCAGGAUGGGCUUGUGUUCCGUCAGAAUUUUUCUAUUCGGUCUUAUGAGAUAGGUGCUGAUCGCUCUGCGUCUAUAGAAACGGUUAUGAAUCAUUUACAGGAAACGGCACUCAACCAUGUUAAGACUGCUGGGCUGCUUGGAGAUGGGUUUGGUUCUACUCCUGAGAUGGUUAAGAAGAACUUGAUAUGGGUUGUUACUCGUAUGCAGGUUGUCGUUGAUAAAUAUCCUACUUGGGGAGAUGUUGUGGAAGUAGAUACAUGGGUGAGCCAGUCUGGAAAGAACGGUAUGCGUCGUGAUUGGCUUGUUCGGGAUGGCAAUACUGGAGAGAUUUUAACAAGAGCAUCAAGUGUGUGGGUGAUGAUGAAUAAACUGACAAGAAGAUUAUCAAAGAUUCCUGAAGAGGUUCGAGGGGAGAUAGAGCCUUACUUUGUUAACUCAGACCCAGUCCUUGCCGAGGACAGCAGAAAGUUAACAAAACUUGAUGACAAAACUGCUGUCUAUGUUCGUUCUGGUCUCACUCCGCGUUGGAGUGACUUGGAUGUUAACCAGCACGUUAACAAUGUGAAGUACAUCGGGUGGAUACUGGAGAGUGCUCCAGUGGGGAUGAUGGAGAGUCAGAAGCUGAAAAGCAUGACUCUGGAGUAUCGCAGGGAGUGUGGGAGAGACAGUGUGCUCCAGUCCCUCACCGCGGUUUCGGGCUGCGAUAUCGGUAGCCUCGGGACAGCCGGUGAAGUGGAAUGUCAGCAUCUGCUCAGACUCCAGGAUGGAGCCGAAGUGGUGAGAGGAAGAACAGAGUGGAGUUCCAAAACAUCAACAACAACUUGGGACAUCACACCGUGAAAAAAAAACUCGCAAACAUGGGUUCUUUGGUUCGUUUGUAAAACUAUACUACCACCUUGCUUGCAACACACUACUCAGAAACAGUUUGGGCCACCUUUGUAUAUUUUUUUUGGUUCUUAUUUUUUUCUUUCGAUGGAGGUCCCUUUUAUUAUAUUUAUUUUAUUUUUUCUUUUCUUUUGGGUGCCAGACAAAAAGGCAAUAACUUUCUUAUCGUAAUAUUAUUUAAAUGUAUUUUA